CCUCCGGUCGAUCCAUUACCGUGUGGCACCGCCCACAACAACAGAAUACUCAAGGUCGAUGGCGACUCAGGUCUGCGUCGACUCUCGCUCCAUCGCCGUGGACUCGGCGGUGCAACUCCGCAAGGACCGAGCCACUUGAUUUCGACGUCAAGGAGCGCCUGCUCCUGGUCGUCCUCAUGACCACGUGCCAGAGCCUCGUCGUCGACGGCGACAGGCUCGAUGUGCAGAGCCCGAAGGGCUGCGAGGCGUGCCAGAGGUUCCUGCACGCCCUGGAGGAGCUCGCCUGCGCCCUCGGGCUGGAGCAGGCGCCCCGCGGGUACCGGGACGCCUUCACCAGCAACUACAGGGCGCUCUUCGCGGGCGACCGCCGGUGCUACCGCGUGGAGAUCCUGCAGGCGGCGACGACGCUGACGCCCACCAUCUGGGCCAACGGCGAGGUCGUCCAGCUGGGCGCGGAGGUGACGGAGCACGCGGACGCGCUCCUGGAUGCCUGGUUCGGCCUGGGCCAGCUCUUGGACGAGACCGUCUCGCCUGAGCACGGGCAGUGCCACAGCCGCGUCGAGAUCUGCGAGCAGCUCGGGGUUCUGGACGACGCCGCCUGGGCGCGCUUCGAGGAGGCCUACGUGUCGGCCCUGCUCGGGGUGCCUCCGCGCCCGCCCGGAUCAUGGUGUCCGAGGCUUCCCUGCAGGAGCAGCGCCUCCGCUCCCUGGACGGCGGCGACGCCGCCGCUGCUGGCGAGCCCCGCGGCCCGCAGGCGGCAGCGCGCCGUCGCGCCGAGGACGAGCUCGUGA